GUAGACAUCUUUAUUUGUAGGUGUGGCUUAAUGAGGUAGGCGUGGUUUGUUGCAAGGAAAGAGGAGUGGCUGGUAAUGCCAAAGGUUGUGCUGCUGUUCACUGGAAAAAGGAAAUCAGGGAAGGACUAUGUGGUAUCCAAACUGAAGGAAAUGUUAAAACCAGAAGACUGCAGCAUCAUCAGAUUAUCAGCUCCACUGAAGAAACAAUACUCCAUUGAACAUAAUUUAGAUUAUGAUAGGCUGUUGGACUCUUCUCCUUAUAAGGAAGCUCAUCGUCUCCAGAUGAUCCAAUGGGGAGAGAGGAAAAGGGAGAGUGAUCCGGGGUAUUUCUGUCGCUUAGCAACAGAGGAAGAGGACAAACCGGUUUGGUUGGUUUCAGAUUGUCGGAGACUGAGUGACGUAGAGUAUUUCAAAUCUCAUUGCUCAACUGGCCCCGCCCACCCUUCGUGUGUGUUGGUACGAGUAUCAGCUAGUGAUGAGGUGAGGAGGUCCCGUGGGUGGGGCUGGGUGGGUGGAGUUGAUGAUGGUCCCUCGGAGUGUGCGUUAGAUGAGGUGUCAUGUGACUAUCAUGUGAUUAAUAAUGGAAUAGAUGAACAACUGGACAUGAAACUGAAAGAACUGAAAAAUUUCAUAGAAUAUAAUAAUAACGGUUGAUAUCAAAUGAUUUUAACAAAAUUUAUUAAUGUUUUUAAAUUUUAAUGUAAAAUGGGGGCGUGACUAGCUCUUAGACU